ACUUGUAGGUUAGGCCUACCAGUACACUUAUGAAAAUACAAAUCACCGUAUUUAAGAUAUAAAAUAACAAGUAUGUUUACUAAUUCUACUACUAAUCUAUAUUAACAGAAAGUUGAAGUUAAAAAAAUGCAGUUUUAGGAGCGUUGAGCGGAAGAUCAGAUACUAAUAGCUCACAAUAUGGCGGAAAAUGGCCUAGGCGCUAAGCGUGGCUUAAGAGUGAGUAAAAAAAGGAAGAAAACGUUCAGUAUAGGAAAAAAUUUAAAUAUAAGGUUCACUACAGCACACUUGUUAAAAAAGAGAACCACCUAAUUUUUACUACUAACCGAAUGAAACUGCUCUAUUAAGGAGCUCUCAGAUUCGCACACGGCCACUCAACGCGUCCUUCACAGAAGAGUUGUGGGUUCAAAAUCAUGCUAAUAAUAAAAAAGAACUGUACUAAUGGAACUUCAUAUACACAGGUUUGCUAUUCUAAAUGGAGGGCGAUUGCCAUAUCUUUGGUUGACUACAGUGCUGCAUGGUAUUGUAGUGGAGAUUGUUACCUACAACCUAGAUGACAUUGAUAAUUUCUGGCACUCACAAACUCCAGUUAUCUUCCUGGGACGUCGCUUGCCACUGCACAUUAUUGCACUGUAUCCUGUCUUCAUCUAUCAUGCAUCUGUUGCUGUAUCAAAACUGAAGCUACCAACAUGGGCUGAACCAUUUGCAGUUGGCCUGACAGUGGUGCUGUUAGACAUUCCUUAUGACAUUGUGUCAGUGAAAUUCUUGCACUGGACAUGGCAUGACACAGAUCCAAACAUUGGUGACCGUCAUUACUGGGUGCCCUGGAACUCAUACUACUUUCAUUCAUGUUUUGCUGCGAGCCUCACCUUUUGGUUCCAUGGAUGGAGGAGAUGGCUGUGUUCAGAUAAGCUAAGAAAAUGGGAAAGCAGUAGUGUCACAAUGGAGUUGGCCUGUACUGUGCUGUCAGCAAUCCUGGGAAUGCCAGGUGGUAUUUUGCUGUUCUUGCCUUUAUACCACCCACUUCAUGACCUUGCAGGUGUUCACUCUGAGGUGACAUUCUUCAUGCUCUUCACUAUCUUCUUGCUCAUAUCCUGGACUGGUGACAGGACACCUACCCCAGAUGCCAGGCCCCGCUCAGGAGUGCAUACAGCUGAGAAGGGGCGGUCAAUCUUGCUUCUUCAUUUGGCAGUCCACUAUGCCCUCUACCUGGGCCUUGUUAUUUUUUGUAAUCCAGAGGAAGAGGUUUCCAUUGGUCUCCAUGAAAGAAUUGGACCCUGCAAUCAGACAGUGCCUAUCCACACUGUUUUCGGAACAGUACUAAGCAAACGGCGGUAUCUGUGCGCUUCAGACUAUGAUGAAGAUUACUUUGACUUUCACUGUUUGCCCAAUGGACAGGCUCCAUCAGAAGAUAGCUACUGGUAUACAGCUUGUGGAACCCCAUUCCACAAUCGUGCUGAAUAUGUGGCCAUUAUUGGCACCAUCUGCUUCUUAGCAUUUGUUGUGUUCCGAAACAUGCACUUCCAUUCAGGAUCUAGUAUCCAUCAGAGUGAGACAAAGGCUAAGAGACAUUAGUGGGUUAAAACACCCAGUCACAAAGCUAACUUAAAAGCAAGAGACUUAAAUGUUGCAUUACAUGAAGAACAAAACACUGUGUAUAAUUUCUGUCCUGGUAUGAAUAUAAGUUGCUGCUAUAUCA